AUGCUAGAGGACCAAGCAGAGGAAGAGGACGAAGACGAGCCUGAGCUCGAAGCUCUCGUCACACGCGCCAAUGCCCUCUUUCCCGAGAACACGGUUGAGCAACUCGUCAAGGAGCUCAAGCAGCAGGGACUUACGGCUUUCCUCAAGACGCACGCCAUCGAUGAGGACGGUAGUGAACGGCGAGACUUCUCCAUUCUCCACUUCCUAGUAGCCCUAGGCAUCCUCAUUCCCAAGAGCCUGCGCGACACCGCUCACACGCCGAGGAGCGUUCACCUCGGUAUCCUCAAGGCCGCACUUGAUCGACUGCUGCAACGGAGAUCCAAGCUACCGCAGUACAACACCGUCGAUGACGCUUUACAGCUCCUCCGUACCGCUCCGCCCGAGUCGAUCAUCGUCCUCUCAGGCGCGGGCAUCUCGACCUCGUGUGGGAUCCCCGACUUCAGAUCAAAAGACGGCAUAUAUGCUAGACUUCAAGAGUCCGGGCAGUACGAUCUAGAUGACCCUCAGGAUAUGUUUGACAAGGAACUCUUCCUGUACAGCCCCUCCCUCUUCUACUCGUUCGCAGCAGAAAUCUACCCAUCCAACUUCACUCCAUCCCCUUCCCACAAAUUCAUCCGUCUCCUCGAAACGCGCCGUCUCCUCCUGCGAAACUACACACAGAACAUCGACACGCUCGAGUCCCUCGCCGGCAUUACGAGAGUACUAGCAUGCCACGGCAGCUUCGCAACGGCUUCCUGCGUGACGUGCGCAUUCAAGUGUGAAGGGCGCAAGAUUGAGCGGGACAUCAUGGAGAGGAGGGUACCCACUUGCCCGGAAUGUGAGAAGAGGUCCAGCUCACAGCAGCAGACGCAGGCGCACAAGAAGGCGAAAAAGCACAAGAAUGGGCGGCGUUCCAGCUCCUCAUACUCUGACGAGGAAGAGCACGACGAUGGGAAGCGCACGGGUAUUCUCAAGCCGGACAUCACUUUCUUUGGGGAAAAGCUCAGCUCGGACUUCGAUCGUCAUCUGGCCUCUGAUCGGUCACGAGCAUCCCUCCUCCUGGUAAUGGGCACGUCGCUGCAAGUCGCUCCCGUCUCCUCUGUCGUCGGGCAUUUGCCCCAUGACGUACCCGUGGUGCUGAUCAAUCGCACGCCAGUGCUGCACAUUGGAGUAGACCUCAUGCUGUUGGGCGAGGCGGAUCUGAUAGUGAGGUGGCUGGAGAGGAGAUUGGGUUGGAACCCGAUCGAGGCAGGGACGGCGAAAGCACAAGAGGCGAAGACGGCUCAAGGGCACAGCGGUUCGCCUGGUCCUGGUCUUGGUCCUACAUCGUCCUCCCCUCUCACUUCAAUGCCCUCGAGCGAUGCUGCAGAGGAAAUCGACCUCGACGCUAUCGAGCCAAAGCGAUGGAAGGAUAGCCAUAUCUGGCUCUUUCCCGGUGCUGAUGUUACAGCGCUGGAAUCGAUGGAGGAGAGUCAGGCUGAAGAGGAGGAGGAGAGGGAGGAGGAGGAGGAGGGGCAUGAAGACGUCGCUGCAGAGCAGGGCAAGGAGGAUCAAGAGGCCCGCAAAGGCGACUCAGAGGCUGCGGAGAGACGUCAGCAGCGAGACGGCGAUGAUGAUGCCGAGCAUGCUGUUAUCGCCGUCGAUGGCGAGAGGGGCCAAUCUGAAAGCCGAGAGGCAAAGCGAGCACGACGACAGUAG